CUUCCGAUGUGUACGAUUGAGAACGUGCUGUUCACAGACCCCCGCAUCUCGCGCUAAAGUGGGGCGCGGAGAAGCCGGGGGGGGCGGAAUUCGGCUCCAUCCGAGGCCGCCUUUGGCCGCCUUGACGUGAAAACCGUGACCGUCUCUUGCCGUCUGCCCUCCGUCAAUCGCCUCUAAGGACCGUGUCAUCGUAUUCUCGUCAUGGAAAGUAGUGUGGCAUACGAUGCGGAGAGCCCUGGAUCGUCCGGAUCGGCAGUCGAGACACCGCCCAAAGGCGCGGCCCACUCGAGUGGAAGAGCUUCGAAGUCGGAGCGAGAGAAACGAACCUAUCGAGCAUGUCUUCAUUGUCGGCAGAGAAAGUCGAGAUGUGAUCUAUACAGCAGUGGCGAACCAGGCCGGCCCCCAUGCGAACGGUGCAUUCGAGAGCAACACGAAUGCAUUCUCGGCGGCUCGAGACGAGGUGGGCGAAGAGUGAAACGCUCUCAGUCGGACCUGAAUCACCCCGGUAGUGCAAGCACCGACGGCGCAGCGCUCGGAAACAUCCUAUCCCCCAUGCCCAUUGCUCCGCCCCGACGAGAUGCCGCCGAUGACCGAGUGCCGACAUGGAUCGACCGUGAAUCACGUGUAUUGCCGCCGCUCCGCCAGGACCCUCCCCAAGCUUCCAUCCCGUCUGCCAAAAUGACGGUGGAUGACAGUGUUGCCGCCACUGACCUCCAGAAUCCUGCGGACGCUCUUGAAUUUCUCGCCAAUGUUGCAGAGCGUGACUCGGGUUCCAACAUGCUCCCACCGAUUCAGGGAUUCGGCAGAUCACGUCAGUCGGCUACAUCUCACGUACUGAACGACUCUGGUCGGCGCAGCGAGCAGCCGCAGUCAAGCGAUGCCGUUGACUAUCCGCCUCUGACACGGGGACUGAUAACUUUUCAGAUGAUUCAGACGUUACUUGAGCGGUACGAGUCUCGAUAUCAUCAAUUCUUCCCCAUAUGCAGCCCCAAUGUCAUGCAGUAUGAGCAUCUGCAGACUAGCGCCGCCAAAGAGCCGCAUCUACUUGCUGCUAUACUCACGGUAGCCUCCAGAGACCAAAAUGACUGGUGGCAGAUACACGAAGCAUGCUCGUCGCAUAUGCAGCAACUUAUGGCGGACCUGGUGUACAGUGGUCGUGGAACGGUGGAAGCUGUCGAAGCCAUGCUCAUCCUCGCGGAGUGGGUCCCACGUCGGCCUCAUGCAACCCAAGCCGUAGGCAGAGGUGAAGAAGAUCAGGCAGCGUGGAUGUUUGUGGGGACUGCCAUCAGAUUAGGCUAUCUGCUCGGUAUCGACCGGACAGGCUUCCGAGGCGAGCACGAUGGUCAGUCGCUGGAACUGAAUCGGAAGCGUCUCGCUUGGGCCGCCUGCUACAUGAGUGACAGACAAAUCUCUGUCAGAGUUGGCAAAGCCUUCUGGUCUCGAGGUCCCGGCCCAAUGACGGCCCUCCGAGCCGAGGACUUCCCCAGUCUCCGGACAAGACUAAAUCAGGACGACUUUGCAGCAAUCUUCCAGGCAAACCUCGAGCUCACUCAGCUCUUUUCCAAUGCACACGACGUACUCUACGCAACCAAGGCUCGAUCCAGCCAGUUGAACUUCGGCGGAGAGUAUGUCAAAUACAUCGACGACUUUCGAGUUGCCCUACGCUCAUGGCACAGUACUUGGGGCGUGUUCACCUGCUCGAGCCCAUUGAAAGCCAGCCUCAUACUUUCAUACGAAUAUCUGCGACUGUACAUCAAUGCAUUCGCCUACCAAGCCACGCUCAAUCGAUUGGUGGCACAGGUGCAAGCUUCCGCGAACGGGCAACCAACGCAGAAGCCCAUGCACCCCUUCGGAUCCGACUUGGCGAAAGAGCCAGACGCCCGCUUCAUCUACGAGUCUCUGGAUGCGGCGAAGUCAUUGCUUAGCACCUUCAACAGCUUCGUGGAUCCUCGCGAGACCUUCCGCUUCAUGCCGUUGCGCUACUACUUGUACGUCAUCUACAGCGCAUGCUUCUUGUACAAGGCACGAGCGACGGGCGUCAUGGGCGGUGAUACACGUGGCUCCAUCAAGCGGAUGAUCACCGACACCAUCGAUCGACUACAACAAGCCAGCGCCUGCGCCAACGAUGUCGGAGAUCGCUACUCGCGCCUCAUUCGUCUGCUAUGGCGCAAGCCUCCACCCCGGCAAUCGCUCAAGCCGGUCCAACGUCGAAUGGCAACGGCAUGCCACCCUUUGAUCCCGCGAUUUUCGACGGCAACGACGUGA